GUUGGAUUUAGACAUUUUUGUCCUUUGCUUCAGUCGACAAGCGUGAGUGAUCCCUAGCUUUGUUCUUCUCCCUUCCUCCAAUGGCUACCACAUCCAACUACCUCGAGGAGCACUACGAUAACGACGACGAGGAUGACGAUGAAUUCGACGGCGAUGACGACGACGAUGAGCCCUCCCCGCCACUCUCAGCUGGCAGCGAGGAGGAUCGCCUCGAGUCCGUUCUUCGUCGGCUCACGGCGGACGAGGUCCGGAUCCGGGUGCACGACGUCGCGAUCCGGGGCUGCGCCCGCACGCGCCGCGCCGCGGCGGAGGCGGCGGUGGGGUCGGACCUCUCGCGCGCCGCCACCGUGCCGGAGCUCCUGCGCGCCGCCGCAGCGGCCGGCGAGCGGCUCCGUCGCCUCGGCGCCUUCGAAUCCGUCUCCAUCACCCUCGACGCCGCGCCGCCGGGGGUCCCUGCCGACGGGAGAGGUGGCGUUGUCGUCGUCCUUGUCGAUGUUACCGAGGCUCGAGGCGCCGCUGCCGGCGGACUCGGUAUCUUCGCCAACACGGAGACUAGAUCAUGCUCAGUUGAUGGUUCACUGAGGUUCAAGAAUCUUUUUGGAUACUGUGAGACCUGGGAUGCAUCUGGUACUUUUGGUCUAGAUCAGACAAUGGAGCUCGGUGUUGGGGCAACAAUACCAAGAAUUGGAGCAAUACCAACUCCAUUGAUGGCUCGAGUGUCAUUUCUCUCCGAGGACUGGUUAAAGUCCUCAAUCAAAGAACACCUGAUGGGUGUUUCUGUUGGUUUACUCUCCACGAUGAACCAUAACCUUGCUUACAAUCUCUCAUGGAGAACUAUAACUGACCCAGCGCGGAUGUCAUCCAGUUCCAUAAGGGAGCAGUUAGAGCAUAGUCUACUAUCCUCUAUGAAAUAUACAUACAAAAUUGAUCAGAGAGAUUCAAGGAUAAGACCGACACGUGGAUAUGCUUUUCUUUCGUCUUCUCAGGUUGGAGGUCUUGCCCCAGACAGCAAAACCGCACGUUUUGUUAGACAGGAAUUUGAUCUUCGGGUAUCUAUGCCGCUGGGUGUUUGGAAUGGUGCUCUGAAUGCCGGAGUGGCUGCAGGGGUCAUCAAUCCAUUAGCAAGAGGAUCAACAGGCUCUGUCUCACCACUUCCAGAACGUUUCUACUUGGGCGGCAAUAAGUCUCUUGUUUGCCGCUUGGGUGGGCCAUCAUCACUACUGGGCUUCAAGUCUAGAGGGCUGGGGACGACAGGAUCGCAAACCUGUGCCCCCAAGAAUUCUGAGAAUGGUUCUUCCAUCUCCCCUGAGCUAGAUGCAGUGGGUGGUGACAUAGCACUCACAGCUUUUGCUGAUCUGUCAUUUGAUCUACCUCUGAAGCCGCUCAGGGAGCUUGGUAUUCAUGGCCAUGCAUUUGUCUCAGCUGGCAAUCAUGCUAAGCUCACAGAGCGUGAUAUCAGAAAAUUUCCCCUUACCGAGUUCCUAAAAACGUUCAGGAGUUCUGCAGGAUUUGGUGUAGUUGUGCCAACCAGACUGUUUCGCAUAGAGAUGAAUUAUUGCCACAUCCUAAAACAGUUUGACCAUGACGAGGCGAAGACAGGCAUACAGUUUAACUUUUCUUCGCCCUAAUUUCUUUUGUGACACCUUAUUUAAUAUUUGUAUUAUUUUUCUUAAUAUGGCCCCACUUGUUAUUCUUUUUUCCUUCAAGAACUUGCGAGCCUAUCAUAGAUACUUCACAAACUGUAGAUGAUGAAUUCCUGGCCUGGCUAGUCGAUUAAUUGCUGUGGCCUGUAAAGUCUCGAAUCUGAAUGAAAAUAAGAGACAAAGAGCUUUUGUUUUCAA